AGAGAAGUCUCGCGAUAGGCGCUCACUUGUACGGCCGCCAUAUUGUGUGACACUAUUUUGAUUCUUAUCUGUUGGAAGAGAGAAAGGAAGAGAGAAAAUAAGGGGGAGCCGAGGGGGAAACGCAGAAGAGCUGUCAGAAGAGAGCGAAGCAGCGGUGGCGGCGCGGGAUUCUCGAGCGGAGUUGGGCCUGGUUCUGUCCGCAGAUCCGCGGCGCGAGCGGCCCGGGAGCGGCGCUGACACGAAGAUGCUAAGAUAGUGCCUGUGAGCGAGUGCUGUGGUCAAGUCCGCUUUGUUUUGGCAGUAGACGAAUGGCACAGGGAAACCAGCAGAUUGACAACCAGGUUUUGCACCACCUGCGGCAAAAGUUUCCAGAGGUUCCUGAGGACGUGGUGUCCGAGUGUGUCCUGCAGAAUAAGAACAAUUUAGCUGCGUGUUGUGAGUACCUGACCAAGGUCAGUCCUGGUUUCUUGUAUAGCGAAGGCAGCCAGGGUUCGACAGAUCAUCGCAAUCACAUGACCCAGCUUAACCUCGGCGUCUCUCAGAAUACCCAUGGUGCUGUGCAGCGAGAUGUAGUAAGGAUGAAUGGCAGCAGGACUGUCACCCCCAGUGUGAGCGAUGGGCCUCUGACCGUGCCGACCCCCCUCUCCGAGUUCUACCAGCCUGAAACGCCGUCUGUGCCAACACACACACCCACGAGCCUCGGCGCCUUCGCCGCCAUGGAAUCCACUCGCAAGCCUCAACCUCCUCAGCACCUGGGACUCUACCAGGUCGGGGGCAAAGGUCACGGACCGCCUCCCACCCCGCGCUUCAACCCGAUCACGGUGACACUUGCACCCAACACCGGCCGCAACACACCGACCUCCCUGCACAUCCACGGAGGACCUCAGUCGGGUCUAAACAGCCCAAACUCCAUCUACAUCCGGCCGUACGUGACCCAGCCGGGCUCCACGCGACAGGUGCAGGGCCGGGCUCAGUACAGCCCCACCUCGCAGCCCGCACAACAGAUCUACCAGAUCACCCACCCUGCCGCCUCCCAGAGCUCCUGGAGCGGCCAGCAUCAGACCUCACACGUGUACAUGCCCAUCAGCUCUCCCACCAACACCCAGGCGCCCUCCAUUCCCUCGGCGGUGGCCACGCAGGCCGCCUCCUGUUCGCCCUCACCUUCCUCCAGCUCGUCCUCCUUCAGCCAGUACAACAUCCAGAACAUCUCGACGGGGCCGAGGAAGAAUCAGAUUGAGAUAAAGCUGGAGUCUCCUCAGAGGGUCUCGGGAGGGUCGACAGCGACGCUCCUGCGCUCCGGGUCAGCUCCGCGAGCUGCCAGCAACUCCACGUCCUCGUCCUGUCCGGCCUCGUCUUCGCUGACUGCAUCCGCCGGUUCCUCCACUCCCAUCUCGAUCGGCGGUGCGGGGCUGAGCCGCAGCCAGCCCACAGUCUACAUCUCCCCAUCCCCACCCUCUGCGGACGACUGUGCCCUCGUUCCCAAUCACCCUCGCACGCAGCCCAAGUUCUACAUCUCUGCUGACGAUGGAGGGGCGAGGAACCCGCCCACCGUCUAUAUCUCAGCCAAUCCCGCGCUGCAGGGCUCUGCCGGUCUGCGAGCUUUGGGGAGCCAGGUGAGCAUGGGCCCUGCAUACAUACACCACCACCCGCCCAAAUCUCGGCCCUCUGUGGCUGCCGGGGGCACGGCCACAUCUCCUCGCGUGGUGGUGACGCAGCCCAACACCAAAUACACCUUCAAAAUCACCGUCUCCCCCAACAAACCUCCGGCUGUGUCUCCCGGGGUGGUGUCGCCCACAUUCGAGCCAACUAACCUGCUCAGUCUGCCGGGCGAUCACCAUUAUGCUGAGCCGGAUCCACUGUACCAGUCCGACCCGCUGUCACCUCACCGGGACAAGAGCUCGGAGCCGCGUAGGCUCAGCGUGGGUGCGGACGACGCCGCGUACACGCAAGCUCUGUUGGUGCAUCAGAGAGCGCGCAUGGAGCGACUGUGGCGGGAGUUAGAGCAGAAGAAGAGAAAGCUGGAGAAGCUGAAAGAGGAAGUCAACGAGAUGGAGAAUGACCUCACACGGAGACGAAUGCAGCGCUCCAACUCAGUCUGUCAGAUACCAUCUAUCGAGGAGAUGCAGCAGUUGAGGUGUAAGAAUAGACUUCUACAGAUCGAUAUUGAUUGUUUAACCAAAGAGAUUGAUCUCCUUCAAACACGAGGACCAGACUUCAAUCCCAUUGCAAUUCAUAAUUUUUAUGACAACCUUGGAUUCUUGGGUCCUGUACCUCCUAAACCUCCCAAAGGUCCUACGAAACCAGCAGUGGAUCUGGACAGGAGAGGGCGCAGGAUCAAUGUCAGCUCCAAGCUGAAGAGAGACCCGUCUCUCCCUCCUGUGCCUCCCUCCGACGGCAGCCGCGGCGCCCGGCUCGUGUCCGAGCCCGAGGACGAUGACGGGGUCCAGUGGAGCUGCACCGCCUGCACCUUCCUCAACCACCCGGCCCUCAACCGCUGUGAAGAGUGUGAAUUCCCCCGGCACUUCUGAGCCACAGAGCGUGUGCGUGUGUGUGUGUGUGUGUGUUCGUCUCGUGAUGUCCACUGAAGACUGGAUGAUGUUUACAGCUCUGUGUCUCUGUUCAGUGUGUGUGAGAGAUCAAGGGAACUUCCUCCGCUUGAUCCGUGAAGAGGCUCGGCGUUGCCGGUGGUAUUAAGACGUUUAGUACAUCCACACUCGGUUUACAGGUGUGCCUUUGGACGCCAGUGUGCCUUUCUUUUUUUCUUUUUUUCACGGGAACCCAUCGUGACUGCUUUAUCCACGCUGUUCCCAAAGGAUCGAGGGCGGAAUCUGCUAAACUCCCAGUUCUUUUGUUUGAUCGAUGAAAUGCGAAAAAGGAAAAAGAAAAAAAAACCUGCAUGUUUUAGAUGUACAGUUUACAGAGGAGUCUCCGCCACACAGAUUUUACUGUACAUAGUUUUAGAACAAGCUUUUCUUUCUCGAGAAUUCACAUGUAUUUCCUGUAAGUAUAGCUUCAUAGACUUCAUUUAUUUCUAUGUGUUGUUUUCGUGGUGUAUGGAACUUUCGCGAGAACCUAAAGGGAUGCUAAAAGCGCGCAACAGAAAAAGCUCCGUCAAGCACUCUAUUCAGCGUACGAGCUGCGAACGCAGCAAACCUGAACUGAAAAAGAUCUAGAUUUUAUUAACAAGGUACUUGACCUCAGAUAACAGACGCUUUCCUAUGUGACAACUGGAAUGUAGGUUUACUAUUAGAGGAACUGAUACCUUUGUGCCACGAAAGGAAUGUUUCUUUGCUAUGCAUUGAUGAAGCUUGGGUGUGUGUGUGUGUGUUCACAAGGGCUUUGACACACCGAGCCCUCGCCGCCGGCUGUCAUGGGUCAGGUGUUUUAAAUUGCCAAAGUGCAAGGAAAUAUUUCACCACGUGCCUUCGGUCUUCAUGUGGUUCUCUGUUACGGAUCAUGGUGUGUGGCGAUAUGCACAGUGCCUUAACUUACAGAUGUUACAGAAUUUACACUUUAUUAUUAUUGAACUGUCAUAAAGUUACAGUUUGGUGACUUUAUGAGUUGAUUGAACUAAAACAAAUGUUUUGUCAUCCAUCCUUAUGAGCGUGCUAAUGCAUAAGUUGUGCAUUGAAAAGCUGAAUGAGAUUGUUAUUUAUAAAUCCAAUAAAUACACAAUUUCCAAAUGCUGGUUCUGGUAUCCAGGCUAAAAAUAACUUGUCUGUGGAGAACGUUUAUUCGCUCGGCUCUCUGUUUCCGGCUCCAAAGACAUUACUCUCUGUGCUAACGCUUGAGAAAACCAAAGAAAUAAUCAGAUGUGUCUGUCGUGUUUAUGGAUUUUUAAAAGAAAAGGGGGAGAAAAUCGUUGUUUUUGAUCUUAGCUGGGAAGACUGUCUUUGUAAUAGAUAAGUUAUUUGUAAAAAAAUAAAAAAAAUAAUAAAAUAAAAUAAAAAUGCUAAAAAUAAAACAAGAAAUAAA